AUGGUUCUGAUUCUUCUGAUCAGUCCUGCUUUUCCUUUUCUAACGCUGACCUUGCCGUAUAUCAUCGCUGCCCGAGUCACCAUGCAGGAGAGUGAGAGUAGAGGUAUAUCUGGAAAAGCUGUAUUUCUUUGUUCACUCGCAGAGAUUUAUGACAAGGAGGGAAAACACGUGGCCAACAUUAAAGUCUUCAUGGGCUGCACUCUAUCACUGGGAACAGUCUAUCCCUGGAAACACUCGGAGUUCUACCAAACAUGGGAAAACGUUUCGAACCCUCUCGUUCUACUUCUAGCGGUAGCUGCUCUGAUUGGAAGUUGCGCUGUUAUAAUCAGAAUGCUGCUUCGGAGUGCUCAAUUUCAGCAAAGCAAUUCUGCCAGGGUAGUAAAGAGUAUUAGAAAGACAUGUACCAUUUCCAUGGUCCAAGGAGUUCUGAUCUUAGCCUCAAGCCUCCCACUUCGAUGUUACCAGAUAAAAGACAGACUCUGUACUUCUUGUGAUGGAUUUAGUGUGUAUUAUAUAAUGGUAGCGAGAUUGUUGGUUUUCCUUGGCCCGAUGUUCAAUCCCUGGCUGUAUUCCAUUAGAAUGGGCAACGUAAGGACCUUUCUAGCUACCAAAAAGGACCGAGUUUUCAAUUCAGCUCGCGGAGUACAAAUGUCGCUAAGUAGUCGAGUCCAGAGCAAAUCAAGGAAGAAUCAAAGUCCAGGUGCAGUGCACAAGAGCCCAGGUGCAGUGCACAAGAGUCCAGGUGCGGUGCACAAGAGUCCAGGUGCAGCGUACAAGAGUCCAGGUGUAGCGUACAAGAGUCCAGGUGCAGUGCACAAGAGUCCAGGUGCAGUGCACAAGAGUCCAGGUGUAGCGUACAAGAGUCCAGGUGCAGUGCACAAGAGUCCAAGUGCAGCGCACAAGAGUCCAAGUGCAGCGCACAAUAGAGUACAAUAG